AUGGCGGCACAGAACGGCGGCGGCGGCGGCGCGGCGGUGGUCCUCAACGUGUACGACCUGACGCCCAUAAACGACUACCUCUACUGGUUCGGCCUCGGCAUCUUCCACUCCGGGAUCGAAGUUCAUGGUUUGGAAUAUGCUUUUGGAGCCCAUGAUCUCUCAACCAGUGGGGUUUUUGAGGUUGAACCAAAACGUUGCCCUGGCUAUGUCUAUAGAAGGUCUGUAUGGAUGGGUACAACUGAGAUGUCUAGGGCAGAGUUCCGCUCGUUCAUUCAAACUCUUGCAGGAAAGUACAAUGGGAAUACAUAUCAUCUGAUUUCAAAGAACUGCAACCAUUUUACGGAUGAUGUCUGUAAGAACAUAACCAAAAAACCAGCCCCUGGAUGGGUAAAUCGGCUAGCAAGAGUGGGUUACUUUUUCAAUCGCCUCCUACCAAAAAGCAUUCAAGUCUCUACUGUUACUCACGGAGCAACCCAUCCUGCAUUCUCUGAUGAUGAUGUGGAUUCAUCAGGUUCAUCCCUUAAUGGGGACAGUGAUAUGGAUGACCUGGACCAGCACCUGCUACCAGCCGCAGGCACUGACCUUCAAUCUAUAGUCGUGUCACCAAAGCUAUCGAAAGAUCUUGUUUGA